AUUCCUCCACAAGCCUGCGUCCGAUUAGCGCAGCCCAGGCGAACCAAGCUCACCUAAAAGCUUCAUUUCGGUCAGAAAGCUGAACUCAGAGCGUUGCUGACCGGCUGAGGAGCUCACGAGACAGACAGUCUGCGAGCCUCGCGCCUCCUCGGAUGCAAAAGUCAGCGCGAGCUCCACAGCCGCCUGCGCUCUCGUGCUCUUUGUGUUCAUUCUGCCUUGCCUUGGCGAGCCGCGUCGCGCGCUGCAGGGCGUUUUUCCUCCGCGCGCUGCGGGGAUAAUGUGAAGAGGCGCUGUUUGGAGGAGAGGGUUUCUGUUUAUUCUCUGGUCAGUGAGGAUGGCGAGUUUUCUGCAGCGCGCGCUGCUCCUGGCUGCUCUGUCUGGAUUUCUGUUCUUCUGCGCGCCCUCAGGAGCUCACGCGCAGGACGAGGAGGAUCAGAGGUCCUGCCAGGGCGCCUUCGACCUGUACUUCGUCCUUGACAAGUCUGGAAGCGUGAAGCACCACUGGCAUGAGAUCUACUCCUUUGUUGAGAGUUUGGCAGAGAAAUUUAUCAGCCCGCUGUUACGGAUGUCCUUCAUCGUGUUCUCGUCUCGGGGGAACACAAUAAUGAGGCUGACUGAAGAUAGGGACCGCAUUACAAAAGGCCUGAAUGUCCUAAGAAGGGAGAUUCCAGGAGGAGACACGUUUAUGCACCUUGGCCUGAAAGAGGCAAAUGAACAAAUUCAUCAGGAAAAUUUUGGCAAAGCAAGUGUUAUCAUUGCACUGACAGAUGGGGAACUCAACGAGCACCAGCUGGAUGCAGCACAACGAGAGGCUGCCAGAGCCAGAGCGUUAGGUGCCAUUGUGUAUUGCGUUGGAGUCAAAGAUUUCAACGAGACGCAGCUGGCUACCAUAGCUGACACCAUAGAGCACGUGUUUCCUGUGACGGGAGGAUUCCAAGCCCUUAGAGGAGUGAUUGACUCGAUCAUCAAGAAGUCCUGCAUCGAGAUCCUGGCAGCCGAACCGUCCAGCGUGUGCGCAGGAGAGUCGUUCCAAGUGGUGGUCAGAGGAAACGGCUUCUUGCACGCCAGGAAAAUAGAUCAGGUGAUGUGCAGCUUCAAGAUCAACGAUACGGUCACAUUAAAUGUGAAGCCGGACGGUAUAGAGGACACGUACCUGCUGUGUCCAGCGCCGGUCAUUGAUGAGGUUGGAAAGGUGGUUUACCUGCAGGUGAGCAUGAAUGAAGGUCUGUCGUUCAUCACCAGCUCGGUACACAUCACCACAACCGAAUGUUUUGACGGUACCAUCCUCCUGAUUACCCUGCUGGUGCUGUUCUUGUUGUUGGCCCUGUUGUUCCUGUGGUGGUUCUGGCCGCUGUGCUGCACAGUAGUCAUCAAAGAGCCGCCUCCUCCUCCGCCGCCACAGCCAGAGUCGGAUGACGAGGAUGGUCUGCCGAAGAAGAAGUGGCCGACUGUGGAUGCGUCGUACUACGGAGGACGAGGAGUCGGAGGGAUAAAACGAAUGGAGGUCCGCUGGGGCGGGAAAGGUUCCACUGAAGAAGGCGCCAAGCUGGAGAAGCCCAAAAACGCGGUGGUGAAAAUGCCUGAGCAGGAGUACGAACCCUUCGAACCCAAACCCAAAAAACAAGGAAACAAGAAGCCCGCUCGGGACAGGAAGUGGUACUCCCCGAUUAGGGGUAAACUGGAUGCGAUCUGGGCUCUGUUUCGUCGUGGUUAUGACCAAGUUUCGCUUAUGAGGCCACAACCAGGAGAUCAUGGUCGAUGCAUCAACUUCACACGAGUGAAAGAGGAGGCAGCGAAAGCCCAGCCAAGCGCCCAGGGCCCACCUCCACCCCCGCCGGACUACCGCCCAGCCCCCAACCCCGUGAGCCCACCUCCACACUGCCCGCCGCCCAAAGGACCGCCCCAGGCCCAGCCGGCCCCGGGACCGCCCCCGGCCAGAGCGCCGCCCGGCCCCCCCUGCCCCCCUCCAGCCCGGCCCCCUCCCAGACCCUGAGACCCCACAGCAAGAGCACCAGCACAGUUCAAUGCAGUUCAUUUAUCCAGCCAAAAUAUGCUCUUCUCACCAUAGAAUAAUAACACAAACGAUGAUAUUUAUCAGUGUCAGGGUUUGGUCGUAGCCUCCGGUAUGUGGUUUGUUGCUGGACAGCAAAAAAAAAGAUAAUAAAAAUUAUUGUAACAAUAUCAAAACAUAAACUGCAGUAAAGGAAUGUUAAUAUCAACUACUGAACACCAGCAGAGUCAAUUACAGCGACAGUUCAUUUCUAUUAGUAGUUUUCUCCUUUACUCGAACGUAGUCCGCCUGUAGGCACGUUUAGCAUCUUUGCUUCUUUACUUUCAGAUGCUAAUGAUGCUAACAAGUGAUAGAAGCUUGUGCCCCCACCAAUUAGCAUGUUAGCAUAGCUAAAUAGGUUUAAAACAGCUAUAAAAUGUCUCAUUUUUAUAGAUUUUACUGACAACAGUGAGUCAGAAACCACCUAAGCAAGAAACAAGACUCGCUUGAGUUUGCAUGAUGCUAAUAAGCUUCCAUUGCUCAUUAGCUACAUUAGCCUUGUAGCUCCAGUGCUAAAGCUAAAGAAGCAAACUUCGGACACCAAACGUGUCCUGGCUGAUCGACUACGUUUGAGGUAAGGUUGGGGGGAAACUGGAAAACUGGGUAAAUUUGUUUUAGAGUAGAUGAAAAGAUCCCCUCUUUCUUAUUGCCUGUUAGCGCUAACGCUAAAAACAAUGAAUACAGUACUAUUAAUGCAGUUUAAACCCGUCCGUUUAAAUCGACUAUAUGGCUUUGUUUUAUCAAAAGGCUUAUAAGCAAGUGGAUCGCGUUCAUCGUAGCUUCGGGUGGGCCUCGUUUGUCCCACCAGAAAUGAAUUGUACCGGUUGUCUCAGGUUAGCCUGUCCAGAAGACGGACAGGUGAUGUAAGAACGUAUCGUAAGUCGCAGGUGUCCAGAGGUAGCGCGCUUUCGGAAGUCACAUUUUAUCAAAAUGUCUCAGAUGCUUUUGGUACGUUGCGCAAUUCCUAAGUAAGUUGGUCGCCGUCCAAUGAGGGACGGCCGAGGAGCUGCAGGUGUGGAGACGGAGUCCACGAACGGUCCGAUUACGGCUUUGUUGUUGUUGUUUUUGCUUCUUUUCCAUAGUGAGUCCUCUUAACGUAUGCAGUCGGGUCAACAUUUGUCAUCGUAAAAUGUUCUAUAUUCCCACAACUGUACUGUAUUUUGAUAUUCGCUUCCUUUCGUAACAACAUCAUCAGACACAUCACGACUGCAGGGCAGUUCACAGUAUCUAAUUUAUUAUCCCCCCAGCUAGAGCACGUAAGGGACUUGAAUACGACAAGGUGUCCACUGUAAACAGCAGGACACUGUGCAUGUAACGAUCCGAAGAAAUCUCUUCUACCAUUCUCUUUUUGCAGUUCUUUUGUUAUUACGAUCUGUUUCACACUUUUUUGUUCUAUAUUGUGUUUCCCCCAGAUGUGAUUUACACUGUCGAACCCUUCGGUCAGCGUUCAGACAAAACAAGCACUCGUUCAAAGUGUCAUUGACUGUAAUUAACUGAAAGUGCAAUGUAAUUAGUUAGUGAGGUGAUUUCUCUCGUUUACUGCGAACCAUGUUGCCAGUUAAUUUGUGAUUUCAUUCGUUUACCUCCCCUUUUUCAUUAAAUUUGACAUCAUGUUUGCUGUAUUAUGUGAUACGAGAAUGAUAAGUCAUAGUCAUACUGUCUUUCAGAUUAGUAUCGCCUAUUAACAGCAGUGUCGAUGCAACUAGAGAAAGGCGCAUAAACUGUUUUCCUUUUUAUACGUUAUUAAUAAAGGUCAUCUUCCGAGCUUU